GUCGUGGGAGGAGGAGCCCAGGCCUUGCCGCCUCAGGGUGCCUUCUGCAGCCUUUGCAUAUGGAGAAGGGCUGGUUCAUCGAUUGCCACUGCCACCUCACAGCCGAGGAGUUCAGGCAGGACAUAAAUGAUGUGAUUGAAAAAUCAAGAAAGGCUGGAGUUCAAGCCUUUGUUUCCGUUACAGAGCAGCAAAGUGAAUUUGAGGAGGUUAUUGAUCUAGCAGAAAGGUAUCCAGAGUCUGUCAUGGCAUGUUUUGGGAUUCAUCCGAUUCAGGGCAGUGCAGAUGGGCAUCGCAGUGUUACUGUUCAGGACUUGGAACCUGCCCUUCCAUUCUUUGAGAAGCACAAAGAUAAGCUGGUGGCUAUUGGAGAGAUCGGUCUAGACUUCACUCCAUGGUUUGUGUCCACAUCCCAGCAACGUGAGGAGCAGCAAAAGGUCUUUGCGUUACAGCUGGAUAUAGCUAAACAACUAGACCUGCCAGUAAACAUUCAUUCUCGUUCGGCUGGGAGACAAACUAUUGCUUUUCUUAAGGAGCAAGGUAUUCGGAACGCACUGCUUCAUAACUUUGCUGGCAGGCCCUCUGUUGCCCUGGAAGGAGUACAAGCUGGCUUUUGUUUUUCUUUUCCUCCAGCUGUCACAAGGAAUGAUCAGCGAGCAAAGUUAAUAAGACAGAUUCCACUAGAGAACAUUUGCUUGGAGACUGACUCACCCUCUCUUGGCCCAAAGAAAGAGGUACAGAGAGAAAUGAACCAGAGCAGAUCAAGAUUUCUUGUCAGUACAUUGCUGCAGUGAAAGGACUAUCAGUAGAAACAGUCUGUGAAAUAACAACACAUAAUGCCCUGAAGCUGUUCCCCAAAGUUCGCCAGCGGUUGAAAGAAUGAACACUUGCCAAACAACAAUAAAAAGAGAGCAUCUGAAACACAGCUCUGCUCUGUAGUUUGUGAUUUGGGGCUUUAUUUUAUAUUACUUUUUUUUACAGUGUACAUAGUAUGAAAUAUGUAUAUGUAUGAUAUCAUCACAGGGGUAUAUGUGGAAUUUUUGUAUUACCAAAAUGACAUCUUAAAGAAUAAAAGCCCAAUAAAGUUUUACCUAUUGUAUUCAUACAGGCAGGCUAUUUUACAGUUGAUGAGGUGAAAAUCAGUUAUGAUUAAUAAUUUAAGAGCAGACUGAUGGAAAAUAAGAUAGCAACAAGACUGCAACUUCCCAUGCCUUUUACAUAGAUCAAAAAGUCCAGCAAUGCUUAUUUCCAUUGGUAUUUAAAGAGGAAUCUUCUGGACCUGGACUCACGUCUUAUAAUGCUGCACUUUUCUCUACUACUCAAGCCAAACUUUUGCAUCAUAUUGGCAUAUUGAGACCACAGCAUACUCCUAGAGGGUUGCUUUCAGAAAUCUUUGUUUGCCAAUUAGUGUUGAUAAGAAAAUGCAAUGGGCCUAAUUUCUGACCUCCCAUCAGUUUUGUAUCAGGCCACGUCUACCCUGCAGCUGUACCACUGUAACGUAGAUGCUUCCCCUGAGCUGCGGGUGGACCACUGUGUUAGUCGGAGGACUGCAGUAUUUUUACAACACCUGCCUUUUGGAGGCAGUGCAGUCCAGUGGGUCUGGCAGUGGACUGGGAGGAGAGCUGAGUGCUAUUCCCAGCUCUGCCACUGACCAGCUGGGUAACCUGGAGCAAGUCACUUCAUGUUUCUGUAUCUCCAUUUCACAAUUUGUAAAAUGGGAUAAUGAUACUUAUCUAUGGAUGACAUGUGCUACAUAUGAACUAAGUAGUUUUAGAGAUAACUGGCUGACAACUCCCCCUCCACAGGAGGUGGGAAGUGAUCAGUGACCAGAUGAGUAGUGUGGAAGCUGGGCAAUCAACGUCCUGAUCAGGGAGGGAGUGGGAGGAAGAGGGAGGGUUAUAUCUGUCAGCAAUCUGUUCCCCACCCACCCUUAGUCCAGGAUAUUGUACAAAUUCUCUGGCUCUUCACUACAUUUUUGUCACUUUUUUAAAAUAAGCAUGGCAGAAAACUAAUUUUUAGCUAAUAUGAAAUUUCAGGGGGUUUGUUUUAAAGCUAUUCUGUUGCCCAAAUUUGUUGUCAAAUUUUAAAAAAUCACUUAGCGAUAGAGGGAUCUAGCUGUCCAGUGCAUUUGUGCUGCUUAGAUUUUUCCUGUGCUAUGUGAGAGCAUUCUGUGCACUGAAAACUCUACCGGGGAGUUAAAUGUGGACUAACAUGCUUUGGAAAUUAAUUUUAAAAUGUUAACCUCUAGUGACUGAAAUGUACAGCUUGAAAUGCACAUAAAAUAAACUGGAAAUCCAAUCUGC